CCUCUCUUCUUCCUCCCUUCGCCUUCAUCUCUGCCUGCAAAGAAAAAUGAAGGCUCCUCUGCUUUCUUCGGAAAACCCAAAGGAAGAGAACAAUCAGAAUCAAACCCAUCUCUCUCUUGUAGCCAAAGAAGCGAAAUGCAUAUCAGGCAUCGCUCUUCCCAUGAUCGUCACCGGCCUUCUUCUCUACUCUCGAUCCAUAGUCUCCAUGCUCUUCCUCGGCCGCCUAGGCGAGCUUUCGCUGGCCGGGGGGUCUCUGGCUCUCGGAUUCGCCAACAUCACUGGCUACUCAAUUCUUUCCGGGCUGGCGAUGGGCAUGGAGCCGAUUUGUGGGCAGGCUUUUGGGGCUAAGAGGUUUAAGCUUCUGGGGGUUUGUUUGCAGAGGAUGAUUGUUUUGCUUCUGAUUUCCUCAAUCCCCAUUGCGAUUCUUUGGUGUUAUAUGGAGAGAAUCUUGGUUUUGUGUCGCCAGGAUCGGGAAAUCUCCAGGGAAGCUCAGUCUUUCAUUCUUUAUUCCCUCCCUGAUCUUCUUGUCCAGUCUCUGCUUCACCCUCUCCGUAUCUAUCUCCGGUCGCAGUCCGUGACGAUGCCGCUCACGUUCUGCGCCGCCUUUGCCUUCAUUUUACAUUUUCCCAUUAACUAUUUCCUUGUCGAGGUUCUCCAUCUGGGAAUCAAAGGCGUGGCCUUGAGUAGCGUUUUGUUUAAUUUCAACGUUGUCGGGUCUUUGGUCGUCUAUGUUGUUGUGUCGGGGGUUUAUGAGAAAACGUGGGGUGGGAUUUCCUGGGAAUGUUUUAAAGGGUAUAAAUCUUUGCUAAAUUUAGCGGUUCCGAGUUGUAUUAGUGUGUGUUUGGAAUGGUGGUGGUAUGAAAUCAUGAUUCUGUUAUGCGGGCUUUUGGUGAAUCCACGGGCUACCGUGGCGUCGAUGGGGAUUUUGAUUCAAACGACGUCGUUGAUUUACAUUUUCCCGUCGUCUCUGAGCUUCGGAGUGUCGACGAGGGUGGGGAACGAGCUCGGCGCGGGCCGGCCGGGCCGGGCCAGGUUCGCGGCCAUUGUGGGGAUCUGUAUCGGCUUUAUUCUCGGGCUGGCGGCGGUCACGUUUGGGUUCACGGUGAAGAAUGUUUGGGCUUCGAUUUUCACCAAAGACGCGGAAAUCGUGGCUUUAACGGCCGCGGUUUUGCCGAUUAUUGGGCUGUGCGAGCUCGGGAACUGCCCGCAGACGACCGGAUGCGGCGCGCUGAGAGGGACGGCGAGGCCGACACUCGGGGCGAAAAUCAACCUCGAAUGUUUUUACUUUGUCGGAAUGCCGGUCGCAUUGUGGUUGGGAUUCUUUGCAGGGUUUAAUUUUAAGGGGCUCUGGCUUGGAUUACUGGCUGCGCAGGGUUCUUGUGCGUUGGCCAUGUUACUAGUAUUGAUAUGGACCGAUUGGGAUGAUCAAGCAACGAGAGCCAAAGAGCUAACAUCAACCAUCUCACUUGAUGAUGAUUAUGAUGAUGAUCACAGCACACAAGUUGAUUCAACAGAGUAUGAGGAACUUGAAUCUUCUCCGGUCUAAUCGCAGUCAACAUUCAAUCAAUCGAGACUAAUUUGACUUAAUUUGACUCAAUUAGUCUCACAAGACAGAAUGCGAGUGAGUGAUUUGAUCAUGACCUGAUCAGUCUCAAGAUGAGAUUAGUUCAGCCAAACUCAGAUCAGUUUCAGGACAAGAUUAAUUCAAGUUAGACAGAUUAAGGAAUUCUUCCGUAGUGGUUUUGUUCCAUUCUUGAUUUAUUCUUUUAAUUUUUCCCAUACCCUUUUGCUGGAUAAACCUGAUCUGAAGUUGCCAACUUAGACUGGGGAUUUUCUGGUAGGCCUUAGUAUUUGUCAGUAGUCAAAUUCCUUUGUUUUUUGUUGCUUGUAGUGUUGGAAUCAAUGUAAUUAGCCCAUAUCUAUAUAUUGUGGUUUCUAGAUCAUGAAUGCCGGCAUUGAUCGAGCAUGUUAAAGUCAAACACCGCCUUCUAGUAUAAGAACAAAACCAAUUAAGCUCAUACUCAAUUGUACUUUUCCAUAUAAUCAAAAUUGGUUGACUUUGAAAA